AUGAAACAACAAGCGGAAGCAACACUGGAGGAAGUUGAAGUUGAGACUACAGGUGAAUAUGACGAAAUGGAUGAUGGCAUCGACCAACCCCAAAUGGGGACAAGGGCAGAUAAAUCAUUAGGCCUGCUAACGCAACGAUUUAUACGUUUACUCGAGUGCUCAUCGGGUGGAAUAUGUGAUCUGAAUCAGGCUGCGGAAGCGUUAAGUGUGCGUCAAAAGAGGCGCAUCUAUGAUAUCACCAAUGUGUUAGAGGGUAUCGGCCUUAUAGAGAAGAAGUCAAAAAAUGUCAUCCAGUGGAAAGCUGGUGAUUUGUUGAAAGGUGAUGAUAAAGAUGAUGAUCCAGAAGUUAUUGCGCAUCUAGAAAACCUCAAAAAGGAACUAGCACAACUCAGGGAAGAGGAGAACGCAUAUGAUGAGCAUAUCAAAUGGUUACAGCAGAGUAUGCGCAAUGUUUGCGAAUCAUCGAAAAAUCAACGAUUUGCAUACAUCUCACAAUCCGAUCUUCACAAAGUGUUCCCAGUAUCAAAUACUUUUGCAGUGCAGGCUCCUCCAGGAACAAAUGUAGAGGUACUUCCGCCUAAGUUCGGUGCCGUCAUCGAUAACCGGUAUCUGCUUCGUUUGUCAAGUUCGUGUGGACCUAUCACUGCUGUAUUUGCCAACAAGGAAGAAGGAAGGCCUAGGGUCUAUAGAGCAGUGGUUGAUUCAUCCCGCUAUCAUCCGGUGGAACAAGAUCUAUACUCGAAUGAUCCUGGGCCAAUAGUCGAAGAAGAAAUGGAUGAUUCGGUAGCUUCCUCGAGAAGGCGGCGGAUAGAAGAGGUUAAAGGAGCUUCUGGUCGUACUUAUCGCGUCAAUCCUGCUGGUCAAGGUGCUGAAAAUGAUACUUCCGCUGAAUGUGCAAUCGUACAAGUGCUUCCUCCUCCAAAUCAUGAGGAUUACCAGUUUCGAGUCAGAAAUUACAGCAGCGCAUUUGAUCUUUUCGUGGAUGAGAUUUGGAGCGGGUUCUCCUUGUCUGCUCACGAUGGUGCUAGCAAACCAUCACAGGAACCUCACUGUGAUGACUACGUCAUGCAACACGGAAAUGCACAAGCGAUUUGGCAUUUGAGGGACAAUGAGCAGAAAAACAGUUGA